GUCACUGUGACGUGGGUUUGUGAGUAAAAUGUAAAAACUAAUAAAGUUUUAGGCGCCAAUUUCUUAUUUUAAUUCUAUCAAAUUGUGACAUCGUGGUGUUAAUUGUGAUAUUCAAUUUAUGUUUAUUCAUAAAGGAAGGAUUUAAUUUAUACUUCGAGCACAUCAAAAUGACAAUUUUCUGAGUUGCAUUUAGAUUUCAAUAGUAAUGCAUAUUGUUUUUUGUAACUGGAAACAGUUCGAUAGCGAGAUGCUGAAGUUAUGUCCGAUUUGACGAAUGUACAACUCUUGAACGAUGAAGAUUUCGAAAAUGCUUACAUAUCACAAAACAAUAAUCGCGAACGCCUUUUGAAGUCGUCAUCUAAGGUUUUUAAACGUAAAUGUCAUAAAACUUUGAAAAAGAAGUUAAAAAAAUACAAAAUAAGAAGAAAUGGUGAAGAGGAUCCAGAUAUUUUAGAUGUUUCUAAAACAUUUUGUUCUUCUCUUAUAAUUAAAUCUGCAGACUCUGAGAAAUCCACUGAUAAUAAGUUGUUCAUAAGUGAUUAUAUUCAGUCUAAUUAUCUUUUCAAAAAUAUGGGCAGAAGAAAAAAAAAUAACAUCCUCACUGAGUCUAAUAGAAAAAUCGAAGAAGAUCAAAAAACAUCGGAUAUCUUAUCACCUCUAUUAACAAGUGUCGGUGAAGAUAAAAUGCACACAAAUGCUUUCAAACUACUGAUGGAUUCUAGACAUAAAAGCAUUGGAAGUAAUUCUCCUGGUAAAGAUAAACCUUUAAAUGAAGUCGAAAGUCAAGAAGCAAUUGAAAGGAGGGAAAUUAAAGCUAAAAGAAUGCUAUGUUUACAAAAAAUGGCAGAAGCUAAAGGUUCAAUCAAAAAACAGGAAAUAGAAGAACAAAGAGAAGGAUAUAUAAAAAAACAAAUGCUAAAGCGUGCUGAGAGAUUUAAAGCCAUGAUAACUCAAGAUACUGCAGAACUUGCAGGUAGUUUAAAAAGUGACUUGAAAAUAAAUGCAUCCACCCCUAAACAUGCAAGUGAACAUAAUGGUAAUAGAAUUGAUAUUAAAAAAACUUUGCAAUUAUGUGAUAUGUUUGAACCAACGCACAGAGAGGAUAUUAAUGAAAAGGAAAAACUUAAAAAAAUUACUCAUGAAGAUGAAGAGUUUUUAAACAAGUUAUCACCAUCUAUACGGAAAAAAGAAAACAUGAUGAGUUAUUUCAAAAAAUUACCUAAAAGUCCUGAAGAAGAUGAUAUUGUACAAUCUGAUGAUAGUAGUCACAAUAUUAUAAAAGUUAAAUUUACACCAAAACGCAACAAAAAAACUUUAAAGAGGAAUGUUGCUAUGCAAAGUUUAAUCACUAAUUCAACUGAACAUCACAGUAGUAAUAAUAACAUCUGUGAGCGAGGUUUAGCAAGAACAAUUGAUGAUUGUAGAAAAGAUAUUAAGAGUAUCUCAGAGAAAACUAAUGCCAAAACAGACCAAUCUCAAUUGCCCAAUGACGAAAGUAGACCCAGGAGAAUCCCAAAGAGGCCAGCAAAAUACAUUGAAGAUGUUGAAAUUUUAAGCUCAGAUGAAGAUCUUCAUAUUUUUACACCAAAGAAGAAAAAAAAUUUAGAUAAACCUCAAGUUGCUCAAAAUGAGACAGACGGAGAAAAGACACUUGCAAAUGGUAAGGAUAAAAAACUACAAGUAAAUUACAUAGGAACUAUUAAGAAAAACACUAGUGAUAAUAAAACAAAAACAAAACACAAGGGAAACAAAACCGAAAGUUUAACCCCAAUAGUAAGCUCUAAAAAAAUCAAUUCUUCAAACAUUAACAAGACUUUAGGUAACUCUGUGAAAUUAGCACCUAUAUUUAUGUCAAAACAAACUUCAAGUAUUAGUUCUGCUGAAAAAAUUGCAAAACAAAAAUUCCUCCUUAGUGGAAUUCCUGAAAAAUUAAAAAAGAAUAUUCUUCCGCAGCAAAGAAUUUCUGCACUUGAUUUAUUUUAUCCUGUUGUCCAUGUUCAACAAAUGGAAACUAAGUUGCUAAACAACAUAAGAAUAAAUUUUGAAAAUAUUGGUUGUGACUUUAUAACAGAACAUGCACCUAAUUUUGUAAAUAAGUAUAUAUACAAAAAUCUUCUAAAUGUCACAAUAAAAGAAAAAAAUGCAAUUUCUUUUACCAAUAAAAGCAAAGAUGAAUUGUUACAGAAUAUUAAAAAGUCUUAUAAAAAGUUUCCUGUUUAUCGCACAUAUCAUUUGCUUAAAGGAAAAAGUAGAGGUGAGUUUAGGGAUUUUAACUACCCAGAUUUAGAUAACAGUAUAGAAAUUGUCAAUGGUUGCUCAUCUAAGGAUAGUGAUUAUGUUGAAAAAUUAUGUUGGGUAGAUAAAUAUAAACCCAACUCAUCAAAACAAAUUAUAGGUAAUUUCUCAGCUAUUGAGGAAUUGAAAAAAUGGUUGCAAACAUGGACUGAAAAUUUAGUGAAGCACCGAAGAGACAUAGAUAGUGAAGGAUCAGACUUUUCUGAUUUUGUAGACUCUGAUGUGGAUAGCCGAGAGUCAUUAAAAAAUUCAAAUAAUGUACUUAUUAUAUCUGGAGAUGUUGGUAGUGGAAAAACUUCUAGUGUAUAUGCUGUUGCAUCAGAACUAGCAAUAAAGGUAAUUGAAGUGAAUGCCAGCAGUAAGAGAACUGGUAAAAUAAUGUUACAAGAUCUUCAAGAAGCAACAAAGUCUCAUAAGGUAGAUAGAAGUAAAAGUGCCUCUGAGUGCAGUCAAAAUAUUCAAGAAUGCCUUAAACCUAAAGGAACUAAUAAAAAAAGAGGAAGACCUAAAAAAAUUAAAGAAAUUGUAACAAAAAGCAACAGUAGUGAUUCACAGAAAAGUGAACAGAGUGAGAACCAAAGUCAAGAUAGUGUAAGAACAGACAUGUCUUUGAUAUUGAUAGAUGAUGCAGAUAUUGUGUUCGAUCAGGAUGAUGGUUUUUGCUCAGCUAUUUCUCAAUUAAUUCAAAGUUCAAAACGUCCAGUGAUAUUGGUAACAAGUUCAUUAUCCUGCCCUCAUUUACAGAAAUUUAUACAACAUGGGAAGAUUAUAAAAAUGCAAAGAUUUUUGCCGCAUAUGCUUGGUGUAUGGUUGGAUAUUAUGUGUUUAGCGGAUAUUGGUACAUGUUGUACAGGUCUUGGUAAAAAUUUAUUGGACUUUUGCAAAGGCGACAUAAGGAAGACGAUAAACUGGUUGCAGUUUUAUAUGACUUCCUAUAAACACAUAAAAGCUAGUUCUCCUUUGUCAGAGGACACACCAUCACAAGAAUUAGAUAAACAUAAAUUUAUUAUUGAUGACGAAUGUUCCAGUAUGUCUUGGACAGAUCGUGAAUGUAUCUUAGGUGGUAAUGAAUCUUCAAAUAUUUGUAGCAGAUUUAUUCAACAACACAUAAACAUGAUACUUAGUAAUUUACCUCUGAAUUUGGUGAAUUUAUGGUGGAGCAUACCUAAUAUUUUGGACUAUGAUAACUUAAUAAGAAAAGAGAAUCAAAAUCUUAAGAAAGAUAGCUCAAAUGAAUUGAAAACUAUAUCUAAUAUGCUUGAUAUAGUUUCAGAGACUGAUUAUCUUACAGGGAAAAUAUCAGAUUGUAGAAAUGAUGUAACAGGUACAUUAUGGUGUUCAAAGGAAACUGCAAGUGUAAAUGAAUCUGAGAAUUUAGAUUACUAUGACUGGUCUGAAGGGGUAAGAAACGAUAUUGCAAGUGAGCUUGCUAUGAGUGGUUUGAGGCAUUCCCAUAAAGAGUUAAAAUGUGAAACAAGUUUGGACUUGUCUACUCCUGGAUAUACUGUAGACAGUGAACGCAAUAAAAUUGUUUCCCGUCACCAUACAUUGACAAGUUACCUGAGUCCCGGCGCGGUAUUGGAUAGAAAAGCCUUGGCACUUGACUACUGGCCUUCUUGUAGAACUAUAUGCCGUCUAGAAAAUACUAAAACUGACGUAAAUGUUAAGAGAAACAAUCGUUUCUGCCAUUACUUGAAGUCUCUUAAUAUUCUAUGCAAAAACGACUAUUUCGAUGCUCUAUCUAAAAGCCUAGGUGGAAAUGAUACAGGCACAUUAUAGAUAUAUGUAUUAACUUGUAAGUUAGUUUAUCUGUAUUAUAUUUCUUUCGUAAAUUAAUAUUAAUUUACUUUAUAAAUCACCUGUACUAAUUUAUACAUCUUUCUAGCACUGCACUAUGAAUUUAAGCUUAAGUUAAUUUUCAACUUUUACAUUAAAAGUGUUUUACGUUGACAUUUAAUAUUAAUUAAUAAAAUC